AUGUCGGACAUUUGGAUAUUGUGUUUGAAUGUUAUUGUGAAAAUUAAUGAAAAGCAUCGUGUCGAAGGUAAAGGAGCUUUCAAAGUAAUUCCUGAACUGGAAAGUUUUUCUUUCAAAGUAGAAAGAGUGAGUCCUUUUAUCUGCGCUGGAUGUGUUAAAAAGCUGAAGAAACGAAGAAACCUCAUCACACAAAUUGAGUGUAUCGACGAGUUUUAUCGCACUAUUCAAACUAAAUCAACGUGUUCGUCAAGCUCUUCGCUAAAAAGAACAAGUGAUAUCAGUUUGGACAGUGUUGGUAUUAAAAUACAUUGUGGAAAUGAGGGUGAACGCUCGCCUAGUACAAGCACAGAAACGAUAGAGCGGCCAUCUUCCAGUUCUCGUUGCAGUUCACCUGUACGUCCAGAUAAUAUACCUCCACAAUGGCCUGUGUCCCCAAUUAAGCAUAGAGAAAACUCAGAAGAGGGCCCUAAAUCUACGAAUGUGUAUGUGAAAGUUGAGUGGCCCAGUAAAAAUGCUGAACGAAAGUUGCCAGGUGAUCUAGAGUCGCUAGGAAAAAUGCUUGUACGAGGAACAUACAAACAGAUAGCGAACGCAGCAUGGAAGAACACAAGCAUCAAGAAACAACUCCAACUGUUAAUGUUAAAUGACAUAAACCGAGAAUGUUCUGAUCUUUGCUCAAGGAAAAAUCCAAGCUGUCUAAGGAGCCCGAACAAGGAAAAUAUGUUGAAAUUUUCAAUCGAACAUUUUAACAAGGAACUGAAGGAAAGAGCCCCAUUGACAUUUUCCGUGUUAGUUGCUGCUUCUGUGAACCCUCGAAGUAGAUCCAGGGCAAACAAGAAUGGCUUAAAUAUUGAAACAUUUUGGUCACCUGCUGUUGGUAUGGCUGCAGCAGUUUGCCUGAGAAACAGGUCAAGAUUUAUGAAUGCGCUACAAUUAUUAAUUACAAUAUUCAACUACCACUCUGGAUGGCAGGUGUGUAUAUCUAUUUUCAUUUUUAAUACUAUACAUAUUAUUUUAGAAUAUUUUGGUGUUAUUACUAAUAUUAGUGUCAUGUGUAUUGAUUCAAAUAAAGUCUUUAUUAUUAUUAUUAUAAUUAAUUAUUAUUAUUAUUUAGCACAGUUUGCCUGAGUGUGGGGGGGGGGGUCUUGGCCCUUGGGGUUUAAAAUUCUGCGUCUUCAGCUUUCCCUAAGAUUGGGAGUUACAACUGACAACUGAUUUAUUAUAACAAAAUAUAAUUGUGGAUUAGUUGGUUAAUGUUAUCUGAAUUAUAAUCUUGACUGUGACGUGCCAAUGUAGGUAGUGAAGAAUAGAGUAUGCUUGCAUGCAGCUUUGAUGUGCGAUGUAGCUACAUGAAAAAUAGAAUAGUUGAAUGAUCCAAUAAGUGUGCAAAAUUGUAUAUAUUAUAAAUUAUUUAGGCAACCCUUGCACGACUGGCCUCAUUACGAAUAACAACAUCACAUACAUAUUUGUAUAAAAAGCUGGACGAAUAUGGAGCUGGGUAUCGUGAUGAAAUAUUAAAUGCUGUUGAGAAUCAAUGCCUGUUUCUGAAAAGGAAUCCUGAAGUGGUGGAGUCUGAUGACCAACAAUCAUGUGACCAUGGGCGGAAAAUCACAAUUGACAAUUUUGAUUACCGGCAAAAUGUGCACCAUAUGACAGAAGAGCAUCAGAACAUCGAUGUUCAUCAUGUCACUGUGAUGUCAACUGAGAACAGAAUUGGAGCUGUAGACUUCAGUGACCAGAAGAAAGAAGAUGGAAUUAUGAAGCUUGAGAAUGGAAAAUUCAUACCAAGUGAUGAUGACCACCAAUUGCAGAGAAAGAAUUUCAUUACUUUAGUUGGUCGAAUACUUGUGGCUAAUAUACCAUGUCUGAAAUUCUUGGCUGAUGUUGUCACAUCUCAUAUACCACACAAAUACAGUUCGCAAAUGGCAAAGAAGACGAAUACUGUAAGUAGAUUUACUGGACAGAGUACAUUUUUAGUUAUAAUAACCUUGAACAGUAUGUGCCAGUGUUGGUAGCGAUAACAACAACAAUGCACUUCGGAUUGUUAGGGUAAGUUAUAGUAUAGGUUACUUGUAUUGUUACAUGUUUAGUUCUCUGUAGAAGCUAAAUGCACAAGAUUAACCCUUGGUGACUAAGAUUGUAUUGAUGUAUUCCAUUAGUUAGAGAAAGAGAAAAACAGUUACUGCAUUUUUGCUGCAUAAUGGUUAGAUUUUAUGCACCAUUUUGAGCUUGGGAUUUCAUUGUACAGUAGGUAGCAAUAUUUCAUUGUAGGUAGCAAUGAACAAUAUACUUGAGGGAUAAUAGGAUCAAACAACAUUAAAAUUGUCACAAGAACUUUAUGUUCCAAUCAAAGGACCUGAUGUCAUCUAAAAUUUUGUUCUUGUUACUAAUUUCAAGGUAGCCUGAUCCUAUUACCCUUAAGUAUUUAAUAUGAAACUUUAGCUUCAAAUAAAAUAAAAUUUUAUAGUCCCAAAUAUACCAAUACAAAAUAAUACAUUUUAUAACAUAUUUGUUGGGAAUGUUGUUCGAUGUCCCCCCACGAUCACAAUAAAUCAUAAAUCACAAACCAAAAAUAAUGUUUUAAUACUCACAAAUCUCAAAAAGGUCGCUCACAAAAGAAAACAUGAUACAUAUACUCUUCCUAGAACUAAAUCGUACCAUUUACUUCCGGUACAGUUACCCUAGCUACUUUUGACGACAUACUGUACAUAAUUAUAAUAAAUUAACCCAUUGAGUGGCAGCACUCAGACUCUCCCCCUGACAAGUAAAUCGUCUGGCGUUAGACAGAGUAAAAUAAUAAAGUGGGACACAUUGCCACUGAAAGGGUUAAUUAUUAGAUAGAGCUUAGAAAUUAUUUUAAGUCUUCCAUGUUUCCAAACAUUGUGAUGAAGCUUGGAAAAAGCUCAUCAACUGAAGGCUGUUCAGAAAAUUUUUUUGUAUUUAAGAAGAAAUAUGGUUAACCCUAACCCUUAAAAUGGUACACUGACCGAAAUUUGGGGGGGGGGGUCGCCAAAAAAAUUUUGAGAUGCCCUUUUUUUUGGAAAGUUCCCCUCAAAGCCUGCCCCCCCCCCCAACUUUUCUAAGCUUCCUAUGCCUCUGCUGUUCAGUCAGUCAAUUAUUAGAGAUGGGACAAAGUACCUUCUGUAGCAAUAGCAAUCAAACUAUUUGUUAUUCUUAUGUAAUCACGUCUAAUCAUGUACAUAAUAUUAAAUAUCGAAUUUUUAGACAUUCAUGGGUCUAAUUUAUGAAAACGAAAAUGACGCUGAUGGCAUCACCAAUGUAAUCAAAGAAUUACACCAGUAUGUUCCUCAUGGUCAGAAUGAAGAUGGGACUGAUGGCAAGUAUGGAGAACAAGGGAUUGUUGGGGAUCAGCUCACUGUGGAGAGAUUUGUAAAUGGUCAUGCGUCUAUUGCAAAUGGAUUUACAGAGAAGGAACAGUGCACUGGCCUUCAUGCUGAGGUUGCAGACUGGCAUUCUGGAAAUAGAUUCUUACAGGUAUAAUAUACUAAAUCAAUUUUUUUGUUAAAUACUGGAGAAAAUGUAUGCAGUGCCUUCUAAAUGUCUGCGAAUGUUGUCAAUUGACUGAUGUUAGUGGACAAUGUUUAGGGGGACUGAGUGCAGUUAUCAUAAUAAUCACACAGUCGAAAGAUCAACAAGCUAUUAUGACACUGCAUUUUAUAUUAUUAUAUGUCUUUUUACAGUUGGCGUUUCAGAACCUUUACAGCGCAUCAUCUGGUUAUGACAAAUGUACACUGUAUGCCGAUCGUACACUCAUCAAUAGACGGAAUGUGAAAAGUGACGUGUCCUCUGCAGUCAACCCUUGUCGACAGUUCUUCACUCUGGAGGUCCACGCUCGUGUCAUUGCUGCCACGUUGAAAGUGUUGAACAUGGCUAACUUAGAAGAAGAACCAGGCAUACCUUUUCCAGGGGAUGAGUCCUCAAAAGAAGAUAAGAAGAAUUAUCUUGAAUUUGUAUGUGCCAAGGUUGUUGACAUGUUUGUCAUUGAUGAAAGCAAGAAUGAGCGGAUUCUUGAAUGCUUGGACAGCAUCAAUCUUUGCGAGAAAGCUAAGGCAUUGUCAUUGGAUGACAACAAUAGAUAUCGGUGUCGAUAUGAGGGUUGUCAAAAAUCCUUUGCAAAGUAUGGCAAGAGAAUGAAGGAUCAUGAGGCAAACCAUAAUCCACCAAUAUUGGAGAUCAUUGAACAGUCUGUUGUUGUAGAUACCACUUUAUCUGACGAAGAACAGGAUGACAUGUUCUCCUAUCAAAAGGCACUGCUGGAGUAUGGCAUGCUCAUUCUGAACUUUUGGGACGCCAUAUCAGAAGGGGAUGGUGAACGCAUAAUGAGAUGCUGGCGAUUCUUUUUGUUGUAUCUUCGAGCAGAAGGGCAGUCAACUGUAAAGUAUUCUCUUGAGGCUUUAUACCUGUUGUGUCAAAUCAAUGUUCUUCUAAGUCCACAAGCUGCUCAACGAUUGAUUUGGAACCGGUCAGUGAAGACUAAAAAUGGUCUUGGUGGCAACAUACCACUUGAUCUUCAGCUGGAGUUCUAUAACCGAAUGAUGAAGGCAGCUGUCAAGAAUGUUGGUCCAAAUGCUUCUAAAACAUCUCUAAAUAGAAUUGCACAUUCUAUGGGUAUAACAAACGAGUUAAUGAAACAGUUUGACCAUGAACUUUCUGUGUACAGAAGAUCUGGCAAGCACAUCACUACAUCAUCACAGAAUGAUUUGUUAAAGAUUGUAGAUGAACUUCUCCAUGAAAGAGCAUUCUAUAUGACCGAAGGAAGAAGAUACCACCAUUUUAAAAAUAUGAAGCAAAGUCUUCUACAUGGUUUGGAUUUACAAAAACUGUUUAGUUGGAUAAACGAACAUAAGGAAAAUCUUGUUCUACAUAGAAGAGCUAGGUAA